UUCUCUCACGUGAGUGCCACUACUGAAAUCGCGUGAACUCUUCUUCCUUCUCCCAACCAGCCUUCGAUUAUGCCCUGGAAACACAACGGCGACCACUAGAAAUUUAACCUUUCUCACUUCUCACUCUCCCAAAGCCAAACGCCGAGUUCGGUUGAGUUGAGUAGUUGGCUUCACUAUGGCUUCAACAGUCUCCUCUCACUGCCCUCAGGUCACCGGCUUACGCCGAUCAUCUCUGUCCAAGCUCGAAACCUCUCACUCUCAAUCCUUCUCUCAACACGUCAACUCUCACCUCCGUUUCGUCUCUUCUCGUAAACCGUCCCGCGCCGUCGUUGCUAUGGCAAGCAAUAACAAGUUUUUUGUUGGUGGGAAUUGGAAGUGUAAUGGGACAAAGGACUCUAUCAGCAAGCUUGUUUCAGAUUUGAACAGUGCCAAGUUGGAGGCUGAUGUUGAUGUUGUGGUAGCACCGCCCUUUGUGUACAUUGAUCAGGUGAAGAAUUCAUUAACUGAUAGAAUUGAGAUAUCAUCUCAGAACUCUUGGGUUGGAAAAGGAGGGGCAUUUACAGGAGAAAUCAGUAUGGAACAACUGAAAGAUACUGGCUGCAAGUGGGUUAUUCUUGGGCAUUCUGAGCGUAGACAUAUCAUUGGUGAGGAUGAUCAGUUUAUAGGAAAGAAAGCUGCUUAUGCCUUGAGUGAGGGUGUUGGUGUCAUAGCUUGUAUUGGGGAAAAGUUAGAAGAAAGAGAAGCAGGAAAAACUUUUGAUGUCUGUUUUCAGCAACUCAAGGCUUUUGCGGAUGCUGUUCCCAGUUGGGAUAAUGUUGUUGUCGCAUAUGAGCCUGUAUGGGCUAUUGGGACUGGUAAAGUGGCCACACCAGUGCAGGCUCAGGAAGUACAUGCAGCUUGUCGUGAUUGGCUUAAGAAUAAUGUCUCAGCAGAAGUUGCUUCUAAAACUCGUAUUAUUUAUGGAGGGUCUGUAAAUGGAGGCAACUGUGCUGAACUCGCAAAGCAAGAAGAUAUUGAUGGUUUUCUUGUUGGUGGUGCUUCUUUGAAGGGCCCUGAGUUUGCUACCAUUAUCAACUCUGUAACAUCAAAGAAAGUAGUUGCUUGAUUUAUACAGUGGUUUUUACAAGGAUAACGAAUAAAGGGCUGAGAAAAUUUAUUUCAGUUUGAAUGAAAGCUUACCAGCGUAACCAAAUAAGGCCACCCCGUUUUGUUCAAUGAAGUUUUGAUCUCUUCAUUUGUUUUUCCUUCUCAUGUAAGGUAGCAAAUUCCUUGUUUCUUUGGUGGGCUAAACUUAUAUUUAUAAAACAUAAGAGAUCUAUAUAAAGUGAUGUUGGCAUCAUAUUCAUGAA